AUGAGUAAUACGAUUGAUUCGUUGGCAGAGCUGCUGAAGAAAGUCAGCGAGACGGUUAACGAAACUAAAAGUGAAAUGAAUAAAAUUGGAAAAACAACUGAAGAUCUCUCAACUUCAGUGAAUGAAGUCAGAAACGAACUAAAAGAAUGGACAGGGAGAUGCAUAGCUCUGGAACAAAAGUAUGAAGAUCAUAAAGAGAGGAUUGAUAAUAUUGAGAUGAAACUAGAUUUUUUGCUGAAGCAGGAAAGAAAGAAAAACUUGAUGAUGUUCAAGGUGCCUGACACUUUGGAAGUGAAUGGUGAUUUAAAUAAAUCGGUGAUGGAAAUCUUCAGGACAGCGGGCAUAGGCAUUGCCGAGAGGGAUGUAGAACCAAUUUUUAGAGUUGGAAAACACGUCGAGAACAGACCAGUCAAAAUCUCGAUGGUUAAUAAAAGAGCAAAGUACUCGGUUCUCAAGCAGAAUAUGAAAUUGAAAAGUACCGGAGUUAUCCUAGAAAAAGAUUCAUCAGAAAUAGACAGGGAAAAAAAAAGAAAAAUUGCGUUCGCUGAAGAUGAACCUGGAAAAACAUGGCAAAACCGUAAAAGUAAAGGGUUUUAA